CGGACUGAAAUGCUUCUGGGAUUCUUAUGGAGAACAAUUAUUGAAGAAAGAUCCAUUUGUUGGAAUGUAAAAAAAAAAAAUGAAUCAAGAUAAUACCUCUAAAUGCAAGUACCGGAAAAAAUACAACACAUCACAGUGAAUUUACAAGUGGAUCAUCUUUCCCUGUGGGUUGGCAGGCAGUUGUAGGACUGCAAAAUGGGUCUCCGGAUUCACUUUGUUGUUGACCCGCAUGGUUGGUGCUGCAUGGGUUUGAUUGUCUUUGUCUGGUUAUACAAUAUUGUUAUAAUUCCCAAAAUUGUCCUCUUUCCUCACUAUGAAGAAGGACAUAUUCCAGGCAUAUUAAUAAUAAUAUUCUAUGGCAUUGCCAUAUUUUGUCUGGUUGCCUUGGUAAGGGCCUCAUUAACUGAUCCAGGGAGACUCCCUGAGAACCCUAAGAUCCCACAUGGAGAAAGGGAGUUCUGGGAAUUAUGUAACAAGUGUAAUUUGAUGAGACCAAAACGUUCCCAUCACUGCAGCCGCUGCGGCCACUGUGUUAGGAGAAUGGAUCAUCACUGUCCGUGGAUUAACAAUUGUGUUGGUGAAGAUAAUCAUUGGCUCUUUCUGCAACUGUGUUUCUACACUGAACUUCUUACUUGCUACGCACUGAUGUUUUCUUUCUGCCACUAUUAUUACUUUCUUCCACUAAAAAAUCGUAACUUGGAUCUCUUUAUUGUUAGACAUGAAUUGGCCAUAAUGAGACUAGCUGCCUUUAUGGGCAUUACUAUGUUAGUUGGAAUAACUGGACUCUUUUAUACUCAACUAAUUGGCAUCAUCACAGAUACAACAUCUAUUGAAAAGAUGUCGAACUGUUGUGAAGAAAUAUCGAGGCCCCGAAAGCCAUGGCAGCAGACCUUCUCAGAAGUUUUUGGCACUCGUUGGAAGAUCCUGUGGUUUAUUCCUUUCAGGCAGAGGCAACCACUGCGAGUUCCCUACCACUUUGCCAAUCACGUCUAAACAGAUGGAUGGUGGGCACAGAUGGGUCCUCCAUGCUGGAAAUGCGUUACUGGUUUUCUGAUAAUAGAACGAUGACAGUCUUCAAGUCAAUUAAAAUCCACCCACCAAUCUUAGGCAUCAUAAUGUGCCCCAGGCUUUAUUUUAAUAGUGAUCUUGAUCCCUUUGUGGGACUAAUACAAGAUCUAUAUUUAAGUUUAAAGCAUGUUUACUUUCAAAUUAGCUUUCCACAGGGAUUUCUUAAAGUGCUUUUGUCAUUAAACUCACAAGUCAGUGAUUGGGAUGAAAUAAUUGUACAUAAUUUCUUUUAGUACUGACAGUAGUACAGAUUUUAAUUUAUGGGAAUUUUCAGAUGUUUAUUUAAAUUUUUCACUCUUAAGCAGUACUAACCAAAUCUGAAUUUAAUGCUUCAGGUUUUACAAAAGGUUUUACACCUUACAGUAUAUGUAAUUUUUCUUUUUCAAGUACAGUUUAAAAUAUGUUAAUACUUCCUUUUAUAUAUGCUGCAAGAUUUUUUUAAAUGCAGCAUAGGAAUGAACAGCAGAAAAAGGGCAGUGUUUUCUUAGAAGUAGCUUUCUAAUGUUUUCUCUUUACCAAAAACAAAAUAAAAAUACCACUAAAAUAAAUCACCAACUAUCUACCUUAUUUUAAGGGAAAGGUUAAAAUUUUUUUCAUGUUAACUUUCCCAUUUCAUUUCCCUGUACUGUUGUAAUUAUUGAUUGUUGUUAACAUGUUUGCUCCGAGGAGAAAACUUUGACUAAGUGGGGAUGUAUUCCUAUUUUACCCUAAGGUUUUGAUUAGCAAACAGGAUAGAGAAUUUGCAAUAAUUCCACAGAUACCUUUUCUAGUGCAGUUGUACCAGAAUGCGUGUUUUUAAAAUGCUAAUAUAACUAGAUAUUAUAUAAUGUACAGUAUAAAGAGGACUAUUGUGCUUUUGAAAGAAAUAUAUACUUUUUACUUUUAUUUACCUACUAGUAGAUCUAAAAGUACAUAUUGAAGAUUUAUAUAUAAUAAAUAUUGGCCAGUUAUUCCUGAAAUUUUAUCUAUGGGAAAUUACUAGUAAAAGUAAGUAAAUAACUUUUGUGUACCUAUAAUCAAUCACCCAAAUUUUAAUCAGGCAACUAUAGUUUGGAUUGGGAGACCUUUUUUGUAGCUAAUGUUAGGAAAUAACCUUAAAAUAAGAAAAUAUAUCUACAUUUAUCAUUAGCCUUAUACAAAUUUAAAUUGCUAAUGGUCUCGGAAACAUAGAACAUUUGUGUAAAAAGACCUUUAGCAUGCUUUGAAAAAAGUUCAGCUUUGACAUUUUUUUCCAUUAGAAUUCUGCAAAAUCCAUAAAUCAUUUUUGAAAAUUUAUGUAUUCACAGUCUUUCCCUUGAAGAGAAGAUUGAAGGGGUCUACUGUUCGCAUAUCAAUAGCUUCCUUUUACUUAGUUUUGAUAGUAGGGAAUCAUACCUGAGAAAUCAUGAAACAGAAAGUUACCAUUGUCAGCCAGUUAACUGUACUACGGUUAGUUUUUUUUGAAAUUGUAAAUAUCUUCUAAAAUAAUAGAAUAAGUUGUUUUCGGAGAUAUAAGUGCCAUGUCUUACAUGCUCUGAUUAUAAUGCUUUAUUAUUUAAAAGUUUAAAAGUGGCAGAUGAAGAUCUAUAUGGGUGCUGAUAAGAGGCAUAGUAAAUUUAAUAUGAGAAAUGUAUUUAUAGAGCUUAUUGAACCACAAAAUUAGUAUGUUCAUGUCACAGGAAUGGGUUGGGUUUUGUACAAGCUAACAUACUGACCAAAUUUGGCCUAGUGACAGAACUGUUGUAAGGAAGUAGUGUAUAGCUAAUACAGGUAGAUAUCAGUCGAAUGCUCCACCUAGCUGUAGGCAUUUCUUUCCACCGAGGGCCUUGAGAAAACAGCGAAGUGUGAAGUGAAGAUCCCUUAAAGAGUGUUCUAGACAGUUAUACUUCAGACAGUAGUACUAGCUACCUUGAAAGGGACUGAGAGGUACUCAGAGCCAGCUUCUGCCUUGGUAAUGAGGACCAGAGGUGGUCCCUUUCCCACUCUAAGAGGGUUUUGUUUUUCUUAGUUUUAUCAUUUCUAGGACAUACUCUCUUCCCUCUUUUCACUAUACCUUGCCGGUCUUAUCCCUCUGAACCUGAUUUCUCUGGUACUGGAAUAUGAACUAAUACACUAGGCAAGACAUAUAUUUAUUUUGUUUGAAUGGCAGAAAUACUACAUAUCAAUAUAUUUAAAUAAGAUUAUAUAUUAAGGUAUAUCUAUAUAUACUUGUGCUGUAACUUUCAAUAUUCCCAAAUUAGCACGCCUAACUGUGGGUUCAGUUAAUCCUUGUUAGACAGCUUAAGAAAAACCAACGGGUAGUUUCCUGGGGACUGCAUAAACUCCGCUGUUCCCUCUGCGCCCUCUUUUGGCUAAUUGAUGUAAUUAUACUGGCUCUAGAGACUUAAUGUCAUCCCACAAGUAAAUUCUAUAGCCAAAUUCUGAACCUUCCAGAGGUACAAACUUAGGAGUGUAUGUACGAAACUGUUAUAUUUUAUGAAAAUUAAUGUGUUCCUGUUUAUGAUAUCACACUUAGUUCAUACAAAAUGAUGACUAGUUUGCUUCAUUUAUGUCUGUUCUUACGUAUUUUUUACUAUCAUUUACAACUUUAUAUCAGAUUAGGAUAAACAAAUGUAAGUUCAUUUCAUGAGUUUUAUUUUUUCUUAUUUUGGCAAGUUAAGUCCUUAGAAUUAGAAAAGUCAUUACUUUAAAAUUGCCAAUUUAUUAGGAAAUAAAUAAAUCUAUUGUAGUUACAGUAGCAAGCAAGUAUCUAACGUGUUUUAUUGAGUAUCUAAAAAAUACAUUUAGUUCUUUAAUCUCAGUUUCAGAAUGAUUUUUCCCUGAUUCUAUUGCACUAAAAUAAUAAGUUUAAUAAUUCUUUUUAUAGUUUUUAUUCUUUUUUAACUUUGCUACUCAGAGUUAUAGCUAUAGCUUUAGUAGCCAAUUUAUUAUGUAUUGUGGAUAACCAUGAAGAUGACUAAUGAUGUUGAGCAUUAGAAAAUAAUCAUGAGCCCUGAGGCAGCUGAUGUCAUCUAUAUGUUGGAUGAAGUAGUUCCUUAUAAACAUUUCAUUUUAAGCAAAAUGUAUUUUAAAAAAUAUUUUACAUCAGCAAAGUCAUUAAUUGGGCUUCCGGAAGUGAGUUUUACUUAGAUAUUAUAAGUUAUACCUCUUGAACAAUUAUACUUGUUGUUCUUUUCCUUAAAUAAAAUUGUUUUGGGCUCAAGAUUGUAGGCAAAGAUGACUGGGUUCACAAUCCCCCAAGCCGGAGAUAUUCCAUUCCGUUAAAGCGCUUUUGGUACUUUGUAACCAAGACUUACAGUUUUAAAAUACUGUUAACUGAUGUUCCAUUAUAAGAAAAAUAGUAUUUUGCUUAAGAGUUGUAUUAAAAAUAUUUGUGGUUAACAUCAGAGAUAGCUAUAUAAAUUUUUAGUUUAUGUAUUAAUCUCUUUAACAGAAAAGCAUAGUUUACUUUUGAUAGUAAUAGAAGUAGAGAACAUAAGCUACAUAAAAUUCAGUAUAAUGAUGAAGUUAAAACUUCUGUGAGAAUGAACAUCAAUAAAUUUUUGCUAAUGUUUAGAGGUACUCUUCUCUGAGGAUGGUAGCUAAUUAUAACUAUACUUCAUCUGGCUUUUUCAAAUCACUUUCAAACAAGCAAUUAGUUGAAGAUAUGUUUUGCCCAAAAGGGCUUAUUAAUUCUGAAUGCUAAUCAUGAAGACUUAAUUUAGGACAACACUUACAGUCAGGAAGUGAGAAGUAACUUAGAUUAUGGCCACACAGCCUUUUAUGUGUCAGGUCGUGGGGCAGGUCGAGUGUUCUCACAUCUAUUGUUAUAAAAUCACAGUGUGUCCAGUCCUGGUCUGCAAUGACAUUAAUAUUAACAAAGCUGCUAGUCUCUCCCUGGGUUUUUGUCUAGUCUCUAACUACUUCCUUUAUGCUUCAUGGAGAAAUAUAUCAACUAGCUCAAGUUUACUAUACUGCUGCUGCUUCAUUAAAUAUUUUUUUUUUACAUGAUCUCAUAUAUAUAGAUCUAUCUAGAAUUUAUUUGGUAAAGUUUAUACUUACAAACAUUAAAUAAUUUACUAAUAGAUACAAGAAUUAGAUUUUUUACCCAAUUCUGUUGCUUUCAAAAAUAUAAGUAUUGGCAAAUGUAGUUAGUAAAUCAUGUACAUUUAGUAUGUUCUACUUGCCAGUAUUUUUUUAAUUUACUCAGUAUUUAUUAUUUACCACUUCCAGGAAUUAUGCUAAGCCUUGAGAAGACAAAAAUAAAACAUCUUUGCCUACAUGGAUAUUACAGUCUGCAUACUUUAUGAUAUUAAAGUCAAGUUGAAAAAAAUGAGUUCUAGUUAGAGUGUUAAUAUAGGUAUAAUAUUACUCAUUACACAAUUAAGAGUUGGAAAGUAUCAAAAAAUGCAAGGAAUUAAUAUCUUAAAUCAGAGGAAAUGUUGAUUUUCAAAAAAAUUCUGAAAAUAAGGUAGCAUUGAAAAGGUAUCAAAUGUGACAUUAAGAAAUUUCCCCUAUGGACAUUUUUCAUAAAACUUUUUUAGGCAGAACUUGUUUUUACCUAGUAUUUGGCUGGUUUCUGGCUUCUCUGCGCAGACUUCAGUUUCUCGCUGGGAGGGAUAUAGACUGUGUAAUCUAUUAAUGUAUGAAGAACGCUUCCUACCAAGUGUUUCAUCAGGGAAUUGCGAUACACUCUCAGGACGGUUACCCUUUAUUCCACAAGAUGUCCAUCCCGGCAGCACCCCUGCCUCUGUCUCUGACCACACAAAUGCAUUCCCAGAGAUGCCCCUGUGCGUGCUCUCAGAGCUCAGCUCCACUCGAUAGCCGUCCUUCAGCGACAGCCUCAGCAUUACCCGGUCGUUUAGGGCAUACUGAAUGGCACUGCAUUCAGAGGGACUUCUGUGAAAUGAUGUCAUCAUUAGAAACAGCCAAAUCCAGUGCAGUCUUUCACCGUCAUAGCUCUCGGAAAUGUGGUCAGCAGGCAGAGUAUUGACAACAAAACAGUUUCCCACGAGCAGUUCUAGGCACUGUGUUUCCGCCACCUGCUGCUGAGUGAGUUGGUGUUGGCCCGCUUUUCGGGUUGCAUAUUUGGAUGUUACUGGGAUAAGAUAUUUCAGUGCAAGGGAAUGUCCCUCGUAGGCAGCUCGGUGUGAAGGAAGAUGCCCUGCUCUGUUAGGGGCAUACCUGCUUCCUCGUAUUCAGGCAGGAGAAACGUGCAGUCAGAUUGCCCCCUCCUGCUGCCUCACACAGCACCCACCAGAGCAGGCACUCUGCCCCCUUGGUGGGUUAGCUGUUCCAACACAUCACAGUGACUGUACUCAGCGGCAGCACCUAACGAUAUGACCCCAAACCCUUCUCGGGUAGACGGUGCUGCCGAGAUUCAGCAGCAGAGCUCUGAGGUCUUUGGGGCCUUGGGGCCUUGGUUGAUGGCUUCAUGCAUUGCCAGCCGUCGGCUGACACAGGGCUGGUCAAGGCUGGUGCUGUGUUUGAGCAGAGCAGACACCAUACCAUAGGAGCCCUUUUUUACAGCUUGAACAUGAUUUUAAAGAGAACACUUGACAGCAGACAUAUUAACAUGAAUAUCUUAGAUGGUGUUAAACAGGUUACCUAAUUGAACAUCAAAAGAGAUGUUAGCUACUCCCUUCUGCAAGAGAACAUUGUAUUUUCCAUACCUCUUCUGUUUCUUACAUCCACAUUUCUGCCGUGGAGUAUAAGCAUGCAAGAUAAUGCUGCCUUUUCUCUAAGACCCUGACCCGAGGAGGCUCAAGGAUUUCUUGAAGGACAGUGCCCACUGCUAAGAUGAGAUGUAUAUAAUCUUUCUAAAUUUUAAUUUCUUCAUUAACAAAAUAAAAGUAACAUCCACCAUUGGGUUGUAUAAAUUAAAUAGUGUGUGUUAAGUGUUUAGUAUAUCCUAAGGGCUCAGUAAAUGAUAACUAUUAUUAAUAAUAUAAUUUCAUCACUUCUAGGAUCCUGGAGCCAUGUGUGUAAAUAAGGUUUAAGUUUUUCCCCCUCUCAGAAGAGGUCUUUUGUUUUCUUUCCCACCAAAGAGAGCAGUAUGAAAUGGACUUCUCUUCCCCAUGCUCUUAGUGGGAGUUUAGCAAUAGGGAUGUUUAGAAUCUAGGUAGACCAGUUGUCCUAAACAGAUGACGCCUAUGCCAGCUGAUUUACCAGUUUCAGAGGUUUGCUAAGUCUGCUGUUUCUCUCCCUCUGGUUGUCCCUAGUAGCUGAAAUUACACUGUUGAAGGUGUUUUCUCCCCUUUAGAUUAAUAACAUAUUUUCCCAGCUUAGAUAUAAAUAUUCCUAAAAGAUGUAAUGCAUUUUUCGUUAUCAAAAGGGGGGAAGGGAGAGGAGAGAGGGAGCGCUACUUGCUAGUAUUAUGAACCUAUAGUUAAUAAGUGAAUUAGUGUAUUAUUUAAUCUUCACAUUUGUUACCUUCUAUUAAGAAUCAUCCUCUGAACUUAUAUGUAAACCACAAAUUCCAUUAUGCUCUGAAUUUAGCCAUUUUCAAUUGAAUUCUAGAAUGUUCUACAGUAGAAAGUAAUAGCACCAGCUUGCUUAAAGCAUUUUGAACCAAUGUUGUUAUUUAGCAUUUCAGCUGCCUUUAGGAUGAUUAUGGUUUAACAUCAGGAAAGCGAUUGUUUCCUUAGCCAUCUCCUUUCAUUAUCAUUGUGCAGUUUUUAACAACAGAAUUUACUAUAUUUUCCUCUGUUCUGUAGAUGUUGUAAUAGUGUCUGCUGAUGCUAAUUUGAAACAGAAGUAACAACAGCAUUUAAAGUUCUUAAGUCAUUGGUAUUGCCACUAUUUCCCACUGUCAUUCAUUUACUGCUCUGUCCAUUGCCCCUGGCCCUCCAUAGACGACACAGAGUACAGGUGAGCAGUAAGUAGCCAAAACUGGAGGGAGGAAAUCGGGGCGCUUACUAAGAUGGCGAGAAGGCUGGAGGGAGCGUGGAUAAUCCGCAUCUCAGCGACAGGGUGGCCUGGGUGCAGCUUCUGUGGCAGCAGAACCCCCAAUCAUAUUAGCCUUAUCUCUUGCUGAUGCUAUUUUGCUGUAAGAGUUGUUAGUGCAGGGGAGCAUUUAGUUUGAGUUACCUAAGGAGUUUAUAUCGCUGAUUCUCUUCAGCCGGUCAGAUGCCUUUGAGAAGUUUUUUUGUGUUAAGAAUUAUAAUUGUGUAGUGUAUGCUAACAGAAGCAUUAAGAAUAAUGUGAAAGGUGCAGCUAUUUAAUGCUGAGGAGAAAGGAAUAGAUUGCCCCAAGUUAGAUUGAAAAAACGGGGACUUUUUUCACAAGUCUACUGCAAAGAAAGGAUACUAAGUAUUAUAGUAAAUUUUGUCACCAGAGUAAAAAUCAAGAAUUUGUAUAUAAGGGGUGAUUUUUCACCUUAAAGUCUGGGCUCUUUUGGGGUCUUGAUACCUUGAAGGUCUCCAUACCUGUUAGUAUUGUGAAUACCUGUAACAUGUAAUGUGGUGCUUGCCACAUUUUGUACUGAUAGUUUUAUAUAUAAACAGUGAUGUGGGCAAAAUGACAACAAAAAAGGUACGUUUCUUUUUGUGGCUUUGCUUGAUUGUUGGACUAAAUACAGGGUUUAAUUGCAUAGGCUGUUAACUACAGGGAAAGGUUGUCUGCAUAUUGCAAGCUCUGUGUUCUUGCCAGUGUUCAUUGGGCGAUAUUUUAACCUCCUGGUGCCUGAAGUUAGUGUUUUACCACCUCAACAACUAAAACAUCCUGGUGCUACUCAUUUAGCAUUGAGUGACGUUUUUAUUUCCUGUACCAAAGAGUUAAUUUUCUUUUUGGUUGACUGAGAGUUUUCUUCUCACAUCCUUGUGUUUAUAAAGUAAAAUGUAGUGUUACUAAGAACAAUUUUGAUGAACAAAUCUUAGUUUUUACACACUGCUGCCUCAAUUUAAUUGGUUUUAAAUGUCUCAUUUGAACUUUCUUUUUUUAGUUGGGCAGAUGAGAAUGGUUUUUCAUUUUGUAUGUUAAUAUAGGUUGGCUUUUGUAAAAGUUAGUUUAAUAUCUUAAAGUUGCAAAAUACAAUCAAAGCACUUUUCACAAGAUAUUUUGGUUUUGCUUUAUUUCUGCAGGAAUACGUGAGAAAUAAUAAGGAGUCUACUUUUAUUUCUAUAAAUGAACAGUAUAGCUUAUCGGGCCCUUUUAAUGCAUGCUGAAACAAAAUGCUAAAAUGAAAAGGUAAGGGCCCUUUCUGAUGACAAAUGAAUUCUGCAUCUCACUCUUUAUAAUCCUUAAUGCCAUUAAAGAGUUAUAUUGUCGUUUGUCUAUUUUGCAAAGACAGACUUAAAGAACACUUUAAAAAUAUACAUAUACAGGCACUUCCCAAGAGGACAUGCAAAUAUACUUGAUUUAAGCAAAACUGUAUAGAAAAUCAUCGAACUUUACAAAAAAGGUCUCUGUUAUUACUUUACGUAAAAAGUUAAGAGUAAGAAUAUUUUAAAAUCUUAAUCCUGCUCAGUGAUUCAUUUUAUAAAAAAUGGGAGGAAAAAACCCUUAGAAGUACUUGUAAUUGUCCAAAUGUAAUAAUGCCAUAUAUACUGUUGUUUUUUUUUAUGUUUUCCUUCAAAUUUUCAAAACACUCAUUGGGUGUCCUUAAAACUGUGGCUGAAAUGGUUAAAAAUUCUGGCAAGAAGUGUGUAGGUAUUGGAAAGGUAGACAGUCACAUCUGAGAAUGUCUUGCAUCAUUUCUCACUCAACAAAAAUUCUCCCGUUGAAUGUAGUAGAUACACUAUAUGGUUUUGCAGUGAAUUCUGAAUGGAAAAAAAGAAUCAGGUCUGAAACGGAUAUGAACCAUGACUUAGGAUCACUGGAAUGAUGUGUAGAAAUACAGAUACACAUGUCAUUAGAGGUAAAAGCAAAAUUUCAAAGCAAAACGGGAAGAAGCAACAUGUCUCUCCAGUUGUCGACAGGAUCUGUCUUAGAUUUUGUUGCCACGAUAUCAGUACUGAGUUAUUUGGCUUGUGUAUGUAUUAUUUAAAUUAAUGUGGCUGAAUACAGUUAUUUAUUCAAGUUAUUGGGAAGUAGAAAGUUCCCCACUGUCCUCUGCCUUCCAGAGGUGAAUGUUAAGAAGAAAUUUCUACUUUAGCGUAAGUAGAAUAAAGCAGCUACAUGAUAGGACAGGAAGAGUUUCCACCACAGAGAUACCCCGGCAAGUGAUUGCAAGUCUAAGGGGGACAGCGGGAUAGGAAGGCGACUGUGCUUGUGUGAGCUUUAUGUAACUGCAAUCAGUCUUUUAAAAAAUCCAGCUAGCAAGUUUAAUGAAUAGGCAAAAUUUGUGAUAUUUUGAGACUCCUAGAAUUUUUUAUCAUUCUCAAAUUGUGUCUAAUAUUACAUAUCCCUAAACUAGAGAACUUUUAUUUUAAUAGUGGUGUGUUCCAAGUGCCAUAGAAAGAUCCUGUUUUUAAGUGAGUCAGGCGGUUAUUUCAUUGUGUGUGUCGUACGUUUACAUGUGAGUGCUAACACUGCACUGCCUGUUUUACCUUGUCUGCUCCCCUAAGAUUACUUAAAGAAGAUCUUCACUAACAUUUCUAGUGCUAAUGCUAAUACAGAAAACAGUAGUUGAGAAAUAAGAGAUAGAUUGAGAAGAGGGAGGAAACAAAGGACAAGUGCAAGCCGUGGAUCAGAGAUGUACUUGUCUGAAUGAGGAGUCUACACUGGUUCUGAAAAUGAAAAACAAACUGUGUAUCUACCUUAAGAACAAUGUUGUUGGUUUUUAAUUUAUUUUAUUGAUUUAGUUUUAUUCCUGUAAUAGUUCUGUUUUUCUUUGCAGAUUGUUUUUAAUUUAAAUUGUGGAAUUUUUACUUCUCUUGAAAUGUAUUAUGUAAUGUAUUUUUAGAAAUCUUAUUUUUAAAUAAAUAUUUUUUAAAAACGUAGGACUGUCUUUCCCCCCCACUUCUUUAUUUACUGAAAUCAAACCAAAUUCUAGACUUUAGCACUAUCAGUGUAAUAGGCCGAUUUUUGUUUUAUUUUGCUUUAUACAAUUUGGAUAAUAAUUCAGAAUUAGUAGCCUUAGGAUGUUGUUGUACUGUAACCUUGAAAUUCACACUGUGCUCAAGAACUAGGUAUCCAUACUAGGGUUGACACUGAUAAACACAAUAUUCUGAUUUAGGCAUAUUUGUCUUAGAGAUGACUCGGCUAGAUUUAGUCACACAAUGUAUUUAACAUUUAUUGUGCCAGACACUAUUUUAUGGAAAUAUUUUUUCUUUGAGGAGUAAUUUGCAUAAAAUAAAUGCAUCAAGUUUAAUGCAUCUAGGUAUUUUUUAGAUCUAGGAAUAUUGAAUUACGCCUUUGCUCUAAUAGAGUUAUAUUCUAAGAGUGUCUGGGUAGCUUUUUAUUGACAAAUUUCCGAAGUCUGAAUGACUUGCUUUACUUGUACAUGGGAGUUGUCACAGAGAAGUGUAUAUCAGUAUAAAUGUGUCAAAAAUGUCAUCUGAAAGAACAAAUCAGUAUGUCUUCCAAUCAGUAAAGGGGUAGAAACUGCCCUGAGACUGGACGAUAGGGGCUUGACUUUAUUUUUAAUUUUUUUCUUAAAUUUUUAUUGCCAGAAAAGUAAUGUUGAUAAAUAUUCUGGAUUAAUGCAUAAAUUGAAUGACUUGGUAGAGUUGUAUGUAAAACUAUAAACUUUUCAUUGGUAAAUAAAAGCAAAUAGUUGCAUUUUUGACAAACUUUCAAGGAUUAUAAAAUUUUAUUCUUGUACCUUUUCCAGUUUCUUUUGCUCUGAUUCUAAAUAGCGUUUACAAUAACUAUGCUUCCUUAAUGAUGAUAAAUUACAAUUCUCAAUCUUUUUGGUCUCAAGACACCUUUACACUCGUAAAAAUUAUUGCCUGCCCAAAGAGUUUUUCCUUAUGUAGAUUGUCUUUAUCAAUAUUGACUGUUUUAGAAAUUAAAACUGAGAAGUAUUUUAAGUGCUUAUUACUUGAACAUAAUAAACCCAUUGCGUGUUAACAAUGUA